UUUUCUUAAUUAUAGGAAAAUUAACUAUUAGUGAAAGCUAAGAUAUCAGCAAUUGUAAAUGCGGAAUAUUAAUUUAGAGUGAUUUAACAAAUGAUCAAAUAACAAUGUAAAAAGUAUUUAGUAGAGAUUUCGGAAUGGAGAAGAUAAUGAUCGUUAACAUUUCGUUAGUUGGCAGGAACGUAUACAGAAGUCUCUAGACGAGGGUUUACCGAUGCGGAUAAACACGACAGCAUCGAUGACGCGCUGCGGUGGUGUGGAAAUGUGUUUGGUCAACGGACAAUUAUGAAUUCCGAUUUGUUACUCGAAUAAACGUAUUUUCUGCAACCGUGAUUAUGCAACUGUUAAACAUAUUCCUGGCAGUGGUCAGGGUGUGCGUAACAUACUGUAAACACAGAUUGUAAGAUAUAAACAUCCCCACAUUGUCAUUUAUACGUCAGUGUUAGUGGAUGUGUCAAUCCCCACGCAAGCACACUGUAAAAAGAUUUGCAUCGAAAGCUGAUAAAGUUGUAUUAAAACACUGACAUUCUAAAUUUAGAUUUAUUUAUUCUACUACGCCACGGUGAGAACGUGUGACAUUAAUAAUUGUUUAAACGAUCUGUUAAAAAAAUGUUAAAUUCCAAUAAAUACGUUAAAACAAAGUGAAUGUAAUAUUGUUAAUGAAUCCGUUCAAAUUUGAAUAUUCUCAUAAUACGUAAAACUGCAAAUGUAGAUAUAGCUGAAUUAACAAUUAAAGAACAUGUUGCUCCAACAAUUGGCAGACCUUUUGAGUCUCAUAACGAUAGGCAUGUGUUUUGUAUUGAAAAUCCCUCAAAUUUUAAACUUACUCUCUGCCAAGUCAGCAGAUCAAAUAUCAUUAACUAGUCUUUUGUUAGAAUUAACAAGUUAUACAGUGACAACCAACUAUAAUUACACAAAUGACUACUCAGUACUAUCAUAUCUGGAAUAUCCUAUUAUCCUAAUACAGGAGUACAUCCUAAUCUUUUUGGUCUUGAAAUAUUCAAAUAAGAUCAAUAAAUUCUCAAUACUAGUCACAGUACUUUACUUUGCUAUAAGUGCUUCUUUUGCACUGCAGUUCAUUCCAAAAGUAGUUCUCAUGUUCCUAGAGCCGAUGUCUACGCCAAUUUCCGCCUCGAGCAAGGUUAUCCAAUUGCACGCCAUAGUCCGUGCCAAAAAUGCGGACACCGUGUCGCCGAUUACAUGGUUUAUUUCAGCGUUCACGAACCUAACGAGGGUGUUCACGAUAUGGAUGGACUCGACGGACCUGUUGUUGCUAGGAAAGUUUAUCAUAUCGUUUUCAUUAAGCUCUAGCAUUAUGUUCGCCGCUAUUUACUAUAGAUCGAAACGAGUGAAACAGGAUUGAGAACUCUGGCUGCGCUUAACGGUACACCGCGCAGUCGAUUUAGUCGUACUCUUGCUCAGUAGUUAUCAACGGAAUGCGUACCUAAUCAAGUGUACCUAAUUGUAAGUCUGCUAAACACACGAACGUGUGAAAUCUAUGCUCAGUAUAAACGCAACGGCUGUAAGAUUGAAACAGGACUGUUGAAUAAAAAUAUUCUA